GAAGAGAGUGACAGAUCCAGAAACGUGAAGAUCUUUUUCAUUUGAUUCGAUCCAUCUCUAAACAGACGUGCCGACUUUUGUUCUCUUUUAUCUCUCUCUAUAUAUACUGUGACUGCCAUUGCUAUAUUACAAGCUUGUUUCCAGUCAUAGGCCAACCGGAGAAUGGAGGGAAUCGAUCACCUAGCUCCCGAGAGGAAGACAGCUCAGUUCGAUGUCGACGCCAUGAAAGUCGUCUGGGCUGGCUCCCCUCACGCUUUCCAAGUUUCCGACCGAAUCUCGAAGCUCGUUGCCAAUGAUCCGGUAUUUAAGAAAGACAACAGACCAAUGCUUAGUCGAAAGGAAUUGUUUAAAAAUACACUUAGGAAAACAGCACAUGCUUGGAAAAUGAUUAUUGAACUUCGUCUUUCAGAAGAGGAGGCGGCUAGGUUAAGGUUUUAUGUCGACGAGCCUGCUUACACCGAUCUUCAUUGGGGAAUGUUUGUGCCUGUCUUAAAAGGACAAGCAACUGAAGAACAACAACAGAAAUGGUUGCCAUUGGCACAAAAGAUGCAAAUUAUUGGAUGUUAUGCUCAAACCGAACUGGGUCAUGGAUCUAAUGUUCAAGGUCUCGAAACAACUGCUACCUUUGAUCCCAAAACAGACGAGUUUGUUAUUCACAGUCCCACGCUUACUUCAAGCAAGUGGUGGCCUGGCGGACUUGGCAAAGUAUCGACACAUGCUGCUGUUUAUGCUCGUCUUAUCACAGAUGGUGAAGACCACGGAGUACAUGGUUUUAUUGUCCAAAUAAGAAGCUUGGAAGAUCACAAACCUCUUCCGGGCAUUGUUGUUGGUGACAUAGGAAUGAAAUUUGGAAAUGGAGCGUAUAACAGUAUGGACAACGGUGUCCUAGUUUUUGAUCAUGUUCGAAUUCCUAGAGAUCAUAUGUUAAUGAGAGUUUCACGUGUUACGCGGGAAGGGAAGUACAUUCAAUCAGAAGUUCCUAGGCAGUUAAUGUACGGGACAAUGGUCUUUGUGCGACAAAACAUUGUAGCAGAUGCUUCUUCCGCUUUAUCGAGGGCAGUUUGCAUUGCUACAAGAUAUAGCGCUGUUCGCAGACAAUUUGGUUCGCAGAAUGGAGGACUUGAGACUCAAGUAAUUGAUUACAAGACUCAGCAGAGCAGACUAUUCCCUUUGCUAGCUUCUGCCUAUGCUUUUAGAUUUAUUGGUGAAUGGUUGCAAUGGUUGUAUUUGGACGUAACUGCAAGACUACAAGCCAAUGAUUUCUCGACAUUGCCUGAGGCUCACGCUUGCACUGCUGGGUUGAAAUCCUUGACCACAGCUGCAACUGCUGAUGGAAUUGAAGAAUGCCGCAAGUUAUGUGGAGGGCAUGGCUAUCUUUGCAGCAGUGGACUUCCCGAGUUAUUUGCUGUCUAUGUCCCAACUUGUACAUACGAAGGAGACAAUAUUGUUCUUCUUUUGCAGGUUGCAAGGUAUCUAGUAAAGACUGUUUCUCAGGUGGCAUCUGGGAAGAAACCAGUUGGCACGACGAUUGCUUAUAUGGGUCGAAUCGAACAACUUGUGAAAUCCCGAAGUAAUGUUAAGAAAGCUGAGGAUUGGUUAAAGCCUAGUGUUAUAUUGGAAGCAUUUGAGGCUAGAUCUGCAGGAAUGUCUGUUGCUUGUGCGCAAAAGUUGAGCAAAUUCGCAAACCCCGAAGAAGGCUUUGCAGAACUGUCUCCUGAUUUAGUGGAGGCCGCAGUUGCUCACUGCCAACUGAUUGUCGUUUCCAAGUUCAUCGAGAAACUGCAGCAGACUAUACCUGGAAAGGGAAUCAAACAACAGCUAGAAGUUCUAUGCAACAUUUAUGCACUUUCCCUUCUCCACAAGCACAAAGGUGACUUCCUAUCAACAUUUUGCAUCACCCCCAAACAGGCUGCUCUCGCUAAUGAACAGCUCAGAUCUUUGUACUCUCAGGUGAGGCCAAACGCCAUAGCACUUGUGGAUGCAUUUAACUAUACAGAUCAUUAUCUGAGCUCAAUCCUUGGACGUUACGAUGGAAAUGUGUACCCAAAGCUCUACGAGGAAGCAUGGAAGGAUCCUCUUAAUGACUCUGUUGUUCCUGAUGGGUACCAUGAAUAUAUUAGGCCUGUGUUGAAACAGCAGCUCCGAAAUUCGAGACUCUGAGAGGAGAUGAAUUCAUUGAGUUCAGGUCGGGGGGCUAUCAUCUUCUUCUUGGACUCGAAAUGAAAAGAGUUCCACAUUAUUUAUAUAUAUGUACAAGUAUUGCAAAUAAAUUUGUACAAUUAAUGGGGAAAUCUGUGAGUUAACUGAAAAUUGUAUGAAAUAAAAACCAAAUAAGCUUAUAAUAGCAAGAGUUAAGGUCGGGAUUUGUUUGUUUGAUAAAAAAAAGUGAAUUGUUGGAGUUAAA